CCUUCGUUCGGGUCCCGGCUCGGUUCGGAAGUCGUGCGCGCCCGCGGAUACCGCGCGCAGGGCUAGCCGGCGCCACACCUGUGGAGCCGGCGGCCGUCGCGGGUGCCGGCCGGGGUCCCGCCGCGUGCGUGCUCGGGGCUGCGGGCCGCCGGGGCCCCCGGGGAGGCGCGCCCCCCGGCUGGGUGCCGCAGACACCAUGGGGCUGCCCGCGCUCGAAUUCAGCGACUGCUGCCUCGACAGCCCGCACUUCCGAGAGACGCUCAAGUCACACGAAGCGGAGCUGGACAAGACCAACAAAUUCAUCAAGGAGCUCAUCAAGGACGGGAAGUCACUCGUCAGCGCGCUCAAGAAUUUGUCUUCAGCGAAGCGGAAAUUUGCAGAUUCCUUAAAUGAAUUUAAGUUUCAGUGCAUAGGAGAUGCAGAAACAGAUGAUGAAAUGUGCAUAGCAAGGUCUUUGCAGGAGUUUGCCACUGUCCUCAGGAAUCUUGAAGAUGAACGGAUACGGAUGAUUGAGAAUGCCAGCGAAGUGCUCAUCACUCCCUUGGAGAAAUUUCGAAAGGAGCAGAUUGGGGCUGCCAAGGAAGCCAAAAAGAAGUAUGACAAGGAGACAGAGAAGUAUUGUGGCAUCUUAGAAAAACACUUGAAUUUGUCUUCCAAAAAGAAAGAAUCUCAGCUUCAGGAGGCAGACAGCCAAGUGGACCUGGUCCGGCAGCAUUUCUAUGAAGUAUCCCUGGAGUAUGUCUUCAAGGUGCAAGAAGUCCAAGAGAGAAAGAUGUUUGAGUUCGUGGAGCCUCUACUGGCAUUCCUACAAGGACUCUUCACUUUCUAUCACCAUGGUUAUGAACUGGCCAAGGACUUCAACGACUUCAAGACGCAGUUGACUAUCAGCAUACAGAACACAAGAAAUCGCUUUGAAGGCACCAGGUCAGAAGUGGAAUCCCUGAUGAAGAAGAUGAAAGAGAAUCCCCUCGAGCACAAGACCAUCAGUCCCUACACCAUGGAAGGGUACCUCUACGUCCAGGAGAAACGUCAUUUUGGAACUUCCUGGGUGAAGCACUACUGUACAUAUCAACGGGAUUCCAAACAAAUCACCAUGAUACCAUUUGACCAAAAGUCAGGAGGAAAGGGGGGAGAAGAUGAAUCAGUCACCCUCAAAUCCUGCACACGGCGGAAAACAGACUCUAUUGAGAAGCGGUUUUGCUUUGACGUGGAAGCAGUAGACAGGCCCGGAGUUAUCACCAUGCAGGCAUUGUCUGAAGAGGACCGGAGGCUCUGGAUGGAAGCCAUGGAUGGAAGGGAACCUGUCUACAACUCGAACAAAGACAGCCAGAGCGAAGGGACUGCACAGUUGGACAGCAUUGGCUUCAGCAUCAUCAGGAAAUGCAUCCACGCUGUGGAAACCAGAGGGAUCAAUGAGCAAGGGCUCUACCGAAUCGUGGGGGUCAAUUCCAGAGUGCAGAAGCUGCUGAGUAUCCUGAUGGACCCCAAAACAGCUUCUGAAACAGAAACGGAUAUCUGUGCCGAGUGGGAGAUAAAGACCAUCACGAGUGCUUUGAAAACCUACCUAAGAAUGCUUCCAGGACCACUCAUGAUGUACCAGUUUCAAAGAAGUUUCAUCAAAGCAGCAAAGCUGGAGAACCAGGAGUCGCGGGUCUCUGAAAUCCACAGCCUUGUUCAUCGGCUCCCAGAGAAAAAUAGGCAGAUGUUACAGCUGCUCAUGAACCACUUGGCAAACGUUGCUAACAACCACAAGCAGAAUUUGAUGACAGUGGCAAACCUUGGCGUGGUGUUCGGACCCACCCUGCUGCGUCCUCAGGAAGAAACGGUAGCAGCCAUCAUGGAUAUCAAGUUUCAGAACAUUGUCAUUGAGAUCCUAAUAGAAAAUCAUGAAAAGAUAUUUAACACUGUGCCUGACGCGCCCCUCACCAAUGCCCAGCUGCACCUGUCUCGGAAGAAGAGCAGUGACUCCAAGCCCCCAUCCUGCAGCGAGAGGCCCCUGACGCUCUUCCACACCAUGCAGUCACCAGAGAAACAGGAACCAAGAAACAGCCUCAUCGACUCCAGUUUGGAAUCUGUCAUCUCAUCAAACGCAAACAGCAUCCUUAAUUCUAGCAGCAGCUUACAGCCCAACAUGAACUCCAGUGACCCAGACCUGGAUGUGCUCAAACCCACCCGGCCCAACUCACUCCCCCCGAAUCCAAGCCCAACUUCACCCCUCUCGCCAUCUUGGCCCAUGUUUUCGGCGCCAUCCAGCCCUAUGCCCACCUCAUCCACGUCCAGCGACUCAUCCCCCAUCAGGUCUGUUGCAGGGUUUGUUUGCUUUUCUGUUGCUGCUGUUGUUCUCUCAUUGGCUUGGUCCUCUCUUCAUGCAGUGUUCAGCCUCCUCGUCAACUUUGUUCCCUGCCAUCCAAACCUGCACUUGCUUUUUGACAGGCCAGAAGAAGCAGUUCGUGAAGACUCCAGCACACCGUUCCGGAAGGCAAAAGCCUUAUAUGCCUGCAAAGCAGAACACGACUCAGAGCUGUCAUUCACGGCAGGGACGGUCUUCGAUAAUGUGCAUCCAUCUCAGGAGCCUGGCUGGUUGGAGGGGACUCUGAAUGGAAAGACGGGCCUCAUCCCCGAGAACUACGUGGAGUUCCUCUAACCAUGGGCCCUGGCAGAACUGCUGAGCUUUUCAUGGUGUCCAUGACAACUGCUGAUUCCAGUGUUGUGGGCCAUUGCUCUUCGCCGCUGAGAAGUGCAGGGUGACUGACUCUGCUGCUACCUGUCAACACGAAUGUUUCUGUGAACUCUGGUGUCACCCAUCCCCAUGAUCAUCUCAGCUGACGUGCGGUGAUACUGCAAGAAACAGAAGUAAAUCAGCGGAGGAGGCCGUUUGAUUUUGAUAACAAGAAAGGCUUACAAAGCCAUGCCUCUCAUUUAGCACCCUACGUGGGGUGUGCUCAUUUUGUUUCAGUAGUCAUCCAAACCCCAACCUUCUGAAAAAGGAAGUAAGUGAGAUAUAAGCAGUCCCCCAGGAGCUUGCAGUAUAGCUGGCUCUGAUAGGGCUGGGCAGUGGCCUGAGAUCCAGUCUGAAUCCACAGCUAUUGUUUACAGUAGACACUCUCUCUACCCCCACCUCUAAAUACUUGAGACCUGCCAGUGCUAUAGGCGGCUGGGUCUGUUUGUUUGCAUGCAGGAUGGAGAAGGGUUAUGGCGCUGUUUACAUAAGAUCCAAUCUCUCACCAUCUCUCAAGCAGCCACUGACCCAGCUCAGGCAGAAUUCUGUCCAGUCCUCUCAUGCAGGGGAGCACACCCGCCCCCCCGCCACGGCCCCCCUCCCAAGCUAGGAACUUCUCUGCCACCGAGGGCUGCCAUUGCCUCGUAACCACGGCAACCCAACCUACUCUAAAACCAAACCAAAAAAUAACACACUCUUUGCAUGACGUAUUUUUUUCUCCCUGCUUUUUGGCCGUUUUUUGAAUGGUUUUCCAACAACCUGAAGCCGAAGAUCAAGGUCUACUUGGGGGCAGAUAGAAUAGCAGCUGGGAACUGCUCCCUUUCUGAUGAAUUUCAGCAGCACCAGGAUAUAUUUGGAACAAACUCUAGUAACCUCUUGAGGUUAAAUUACAUACAGGCUUAAUAUUUCUGUUCUUCCAUGCAACUAGUGUCUGCUUUCUAGAGGGCAACAUGCUGCCUCCCAAAGGGGAAUACCCUCCCUCUGACUCAUUCCCUCCCGUUCACCUGUCCCUUUCCCUGUCCUUGCCUGCCUGUAGCCCUUCACUGACUAGCCCCCUGGCAGUGCCCUGGGCUGCUCAGCACUGGUGCCCUGGCAGUUUUCAGGCAUGAUUCCUGGACUAACCCCAUGGCCUCUAGUUUAAAAGGACAUACAUGUUCACUGCCACUCAGAAAAAGGGAAUUGUUUCUCAUGCUUUGGAGGCGUGAGACUAAUAUCACAAGCCAUUGUGAUUUAGAAGGACGCCAGAAGGUUGGGGCAUGGAAGGUGGGAUGGGUACCUUCUGAGAAAGAGAAUUUCCCGGUCCAGAAGGGUCUGGGUCAUGUGGAAGACCGCCUUGGGUGGGGAAGUUUGGCCUGGACAUUUCAAAUUCACUAGGCUUCCCAAGGAAGAGAGUCCCAGUAUUUCCACACUUGAAUGUCCUUGAAAGAGUGAUUCUGGGCAGACAAACUCUGAAGUGAGGGACUGUCAAGCUCUCCAGGACAGGAGCCCCUCGGGAUGGUGGCAUUGUUCCAGAGUGUGUCCUGCUUCUGGAAUUCCUCUUGAGGGAACUUUAAAGAGGAGAAGAAAAACUUGAAUUGUGUUGAAUUACUGUAUCUUUUACAUUUUUUUUUGAAAAGAUAAACGUGUAAAUAGAGUGAUUUGAAAUACUAUAUGGCAAAGUUUUAUAUUUGAUAUUCUAUAAGCUAGUUGCUUCACACAUUUAAGCUUUGAUUGCUGAACAGGUGUGUAUACGAGGGAGAGAGGGGACACAAGGUCGAAGAGAGUCAAGAUUAUCCCUUCUCUGGCCUUGAGGAAGGAGAAGAUAUUUCCACACACUCUGCUGACUCUUGUUGGUGGGCAUGACACGUUAAUGGUGUUCAGUCUUCUUUAUCCAGAUGUGGUUUUUUGAGCAUUUCUUGGGCUUUGGACUUGGAGAUGGAAGGAGCAUCUUCAGGCAAUGAACUUUUCCGAGAACUCCUACCCAGUAGUAAGAUGAAGCUCAGGAUUUAAACAGCUCAAGGAUGACACAGCUAUUACCCAGGAGCUCACCCAGCAGUGAGCGAGACACCACCACUGAAUCAGGGAACAACAAUUAAGACUGGAGAAGACCGAGAUAGGACUCAGGAAAGCUAUCAUUGAAAACUCAAGAAGAAAGGGCACAUAUGAGCAGGCUAUACCUACUCCCUGCGGACUUUGAACCACUUGGGGACCUGUUCAAAGGGGCUAGAGGGACAAGCACACUCUAUACCACUGUGCUUUCCAAAUAGAAAGAGUGCAACAUAAUGCUUUUAACACAUUGGACAUUUUAAAUCACCACCUGCCCCAUUGGAACCUUAACUAGAGCUAAUGUGGGGACGGCCAGAAGUCCCAGGCCCUGGCUUUGGGAGUUCCUCUGAAGCUUACCUGCCAACACUUGGCCCCAGCUUGACCACUUGGAAGCAUGUGCCUCCCUCCUCAUUUGGCUCUGAUCCAAAGCUGAGGGAAAUGGAGCUACUGCCAAUGGGAAUUUUAGGUAGACCCCUUCCCAGCUUCUCUGGGCCGUGCUGGGCCCUGACAGAUGGCUGCUCUGCUUCCUUUCCCUGGCCAGGCUCCCCUCCUCCCCAUCAUCUACAGAACUGGAGACACUGUUCAGAAUAUGAGCCGACAAAUAAGAACGAACUUGAAGGCUGAAAAUGGGUUUUACCCUCCACUGUCUUUGCUCCCCACCUCUAACUCUGUCUUCUGGAAGAGGGAAUCUUAGGGCACAUUAGGAGAGUGAACUGGGUAUCAGAGUGGAAUACUAUUGACCAAAAUCCCUGAGCUUGCCCAGGAGCCUCGUGUUGCUUUUGGAAGGCCCUGGGAUCAGGUAGGCAGACAUAGCCUGAGUCUUUUGGGCGCAUCAAGAUCAGUCUCUCACACCUCCUCCAGGUACUCAACAGAGUUCUGUAGUUACAGAAUGCCAUGCCUUGAGAAGACAACUAGUUUCACAUUCUUCCCCCACCCCCCAGGCAAGUAAAGUCCUGACUUGCUCAAGACUGAUGAUAUUCUCUUCUGUUUUCAAAUCUGAACAUAGAAGGAUGGACCCUGUAUAGCACUGCUGGCCUUUGUAUCCUAGGAUUGGAGCCAGGUUUUAGCUUAGUGUUUUAGUAGUUCUACAGCCAAUGUGUGUUUUCUUCUGUCACACCAAACUGGGGUUUGUUUGUUUGUUUUUUCAACAUAAUUCCAGUUCAUGUCCUCUUGCUGAGUGCUUUUUGGAUAGAAAGGCAAAGAGAAAGAGAAUAAAUGAACAAUCAGGUAUCGGCUAACCGGCAUUAGCAACACAGAGUCAUGCUAGUGACAAGGUGAUUUCACUGUUUGCCAGGACUCUGCAGUUAUGUGUGCCAUACCUGUAGCUCAAAGGGAAGUCCUUCUACCAUCAGAGUUUGUGUCUCUUGAAAACAGCAACCCCUGUCACACCAAAAGCUCUGUCUUGACUGUAUAGACUCUAAAAACAUCCAUGAUUGUGGAGUAGGGAGACAGAAAUAAUCGACUGAACAUAACAUGAUCAACUACUCAUGACUGUCUAUUGGCACCUUUCAUCCUCUGGCUUCUGUUUCCAAAAGAAGCAAGUCUGGACCACCCAGUUUUAUAGACCCAGGACUCCCAGGUACAACAGUGGCCAUCAUGGCACUCACAGUUCGCCCUAGCAUCGAAUGUUUUAUGAGCAACCGUGUUACCCAAGUAGGUAGCCAACCCUGAAGAAACUAAACAGCCACUUAGCUACCUGACUUUAAAAGGAAUGUCCUGGGUAUACUGUCUAGGGAGUUAAUCUGUCAUGACUGGCAAACUUGACAGUAAUCAUUUACCUAGACAGCCCUGCCCCACAUCUCUUUUAAGUCAACUGGGGGUCCUCUCACACACCCUGUGCCGGCGUUUAAAAAAUGUAUCUUAUCAUGCUCAAAUGUGUUUGGCAGCCAGGCUGGUGUGCUGGGUGCUGAACCACUUUUCUUUAAAUGUAGCCUCCAAAUAACAACAGCCAUAGAAUAAUGGACCUUGCACAAACCUACAGCAUGCCUGAGACCAGACUCCACCAAGUCAUAAUUAGCUUGUUUCCUUUCACCGCCUACAGUACUUGUCUAACUAAAGAGCUUCCCAAAGCACAGGGAGAGGCCAUAUAGAGAAUUCAGACGUCAUUCAGAGCCAGCCCUGGCUAAAAUGUUAUCUCCUAAUGGAAGCACUUGUAUUCUUGGGAGAAAAAGGAUUGGGUAUAAAGUAAUGCUAAGAGCAGAAAGAGAAAGGCAAACCAUACUGAAGAACUUUGGAUUUUUUUAAAAAGGGAUAAAUAUAGUUCUUAAUAGGGGAGAAAAUCUAUCACAUAAAAAGUUCACAGCUAAUUUUUUUACAGAAGUUUUACAGGACACUACAAGAUGAAAACAUUUUUCAAGGCAGAAUGCCUUAGAGAGCAAAGGCUUAGCACAGUCCUGGACCCGUGUAAGUAAAGGAGUUACUAUUACAUCAAAAUUCUAUUUAGUGUAGUCAGCGAGAACCAAGAGUAGUGAUAAAGUGUCAGAAUUACCUGGAGAGGCCAAGACAUUUGACAUCAAUCAUUUCUACAUCAACCAUUUCUACAAAAUUGUCCAAACAGACGCUACACGCAGCUUCCUUGGGUAUCCAGAUGCCAGGGUCAACCUUGAACCUGUGAAAAGAAGUUCAUCUGAUGAUUCUUAAGUGUAUACGUAUAGUAUGUGUUUGUGUAUGUAUGUGUACAGCUCACAUUUAUAUAUUUAAAGAUACAGACUGUCUUCUAGAAACUCACAUAAGUUGGCAGUUGCUGAGCCUUGACAGCCUUUAAGAUUUGAAGUUUGAGAAUCAGAGAAACAAGAGAGGCUAUUGAUUGACUAUCCGAAUGAUCAAAGAUGUAACUUAAGUGCCAUUUGAAAACUUUGUUCAUAUUUAUCAGAUGAUUACUAUCUAUAGCUAUAUUCCUUAUUAACUUAUUAAGAGUCAUGUUGAAAAAAAGAUCAAACUCAUAAACAAUUAGUGGUUCAUAGUAGACUAGUGUUCACAAGCACUCUAAAAGACAUUUUGUCCAUAUUUUGGAGAAGAAAAUAUUUGCAUGUUUAAUUCACAACUUAGGCUACCUUUGAGUAUAUUAUAAAGUGCUGUGUGAUAUAAUAUCAAUAAACUACUUAAAAAUGGCACUUUAAUGUUUUUUUUGAAAAACAUAAAUGCACUGUUUUAAACUUCGAUUCAGUAUUGAAUAUCGACUGGUGUGUAGAAUCCUAUUUCGUAAUUAAAAAGUAACUUGUGACUAGAAUAGAACUUUUUCCCUGUUAUUCAUAAAACAGUGUUGCCAUGUUCAGGCUUGAAAAGAAAAAAAAUGUGCUUUUGUGUCACUAAGCAUAUCUGUAAAGAAAAUACAGUUUCUGUUGGGUGGCCUCUGAAACUUGGCUUUCUUACUUUUGGUUGGUUUAUGUGACAAUCCCUGUGAAACUAGUGGAAGUAUGAUUUUUGAAUUAAAUGA